AAUGGUAUGGUGUGACGGGAUGGAAAGCAGAUGGUGGUUCCACCAAAAAGACUGUCCUUCAUAUGCGCUCUCGCGUUGUUUUGAAGUCUGGAGGCCAGUUUGAAGGAACAAAAAAUCGACAGAUUCCGCUCAAGACUGGGCAAGUUGAUAGGGUCCCUGUCGGUUGAAAUAAAAGGCUUGCCACAGUCGGAGUGACAGCUUCUCUCUGUCACUGCGGUUUUCUGCGAUUCAACUGGACAGGCUGCCUUUCGCUUUCACGGCAGGCUCAAAAGAAAGUCGCGACCUUUCGAAUGAGUUGGCCAAUCCGAGUUCGGCGCAGAACCGCUGAAAACGCGACCCCUGGUGGUUUUUUCUUCAAUGCGUUACCCGCCUCCUGCCAAUCGCAUACUGCAAGAACUUCCGUCUUCCUGGGUGCUUCCGCAAGCAAUUCCCCUUCGAGAUUGUGCCGAAGGCAAUGCCGUCCGAGCGAUCGUUCCUGGCGCCUCACAGCAAGGACAGACAAUGCAGAGGCCAGAGUCGCACGACGCAGCUGUAUGCGAAGAAAAUAUUCAGGAUACGGCACGUGAAAUCACUUCCUCCUUGACAGACGCACAGAGAAACCUGAGGCAAGCGGGUCGCACGGCUGCUACAAAUGGGUUUUGGACAGGCCACACAUGCACUGCGAUUCUACAGCGCAGGACGGGAGUUCCUGAAGUGGUACAAAGUCGGACGAGAAGCAACAAACGCAGGAACUCGAGACUCGCUAGAAAAAGCAAAAGUGCCGUAGGAACUGUUGACCGACAGCUCGUGUUGAUAAUUCAGCGCAGAGCCUCCACUGAAAGUCAUUUUCCCGUCUGCAUGAAAAUGAAUUUGUCCGUGCAUGCAGUGGACAGGCAUCUACGACCACCAGAGGGGGCUGUUCCUCGAUGCUCAUCCAUUCUCUUGGUGACAGAAACACAAGAAGGAGGAUGUCUCAGCUUGAUUUCUUUCCCUCAUGAAUUUGAGCAACAGCUGAAACUUCAGUUGCUCCGCUGUUCACUGGUUCUUUCGCUGGUUUGCAUCCGACAGUCGCGAGAUACCGUGGAGAAGUCCCUGCAGUAAACCUGAGAUAGCCGUUAUUUUGGUUCGAAUACGUACUGCGGCGGUGUUUUUGAUUACCCAGUGUAAAUGUCCUUCGAUCGCUUACUGAAUGAGGUCUGUUCGGUGGAGCACUUUGUGGCUCCGGGCUCUGUCUGUGCUGCAGGUGGAUGUGUGGACUCAAAGAGUUACGGUAGCCAUGAAGAGUUGAUCCUUU